CGAGAUAGAUUUUGUUAUCUUCUCAUUUAAUAGUAUGAUGGUGAUGAUGAUAUUUUCAUCAAAUUUGAGUUCGGUGAUUUUUGAUUUAUUUCACUGAGUUGUUCGCAAGAUGUCAACAAUAUUUUUGAUACUUUCAAUAAUUUCUUUUUUUGUCGGUUCAUUUUCUGAAGAUUCUAUAGAAACUGUGGACCUUCUGCAAAUCGAAACAUACAAAUGGGAGGGUUUGAAUUCAGGUAGUGCCAUCAUUAAUGUUACCGCCCAAAAUCAUUCGAUAUCUGUCAAUAUAGAAACAUGCGAUAUUGGAAAUCCUGAAUCUAGGCCGAACAAGGAGUACCUGAUUUUAAAAAAUGGAAAUGAAAAUCCCCUUUCCCAAGAUAAUGGACGAAUAUUUGCUUACAUCAAGAAACCGAAAACGAUAUAUUUUUUUUCUAGUUCGGUUAUCCUACAAUUAGAGACUCCUAAUGCACUAACAAAAAAAUGUACUGUAACUUUUGAAAAGGGAGAUGAUGAAGAUCCCCCACUACCUCCAGUGACAACAACCGAAUCAGUUUCAACUUAUGGUCCGGAAGUUUCGAAAUAUUCUACCGUGUUCAUUUCUGGCUGUUCGAUUGAGCAGUUCAACGAAGAUAAAAAAUUAAUUAAGGAAUUGAAGGAUGAUAUAGUUGCCAUGGCCGAAGACUACACGGAAACGGAGGGAUUUUGUUUGACCAAAAAAAUUGAGCCCGAAGACGUGAAUAUUUAUACUCUAGAGCAAUGUCCAACACAAUGGCAAGACUUUGCAAAUUGCGUCCGCCUAGUCUAUUCACUACCGCUAAAAACUGACAGUAGCUGUUCACUCUGGAAAGGAUAUCAAUUGGCUGAAGAACAUCUGAAUAUAAUGUGGACCAGAUUGGCUAGUAAAUAUCUGAAAGGUUUUUCUGUUUAUGAACAGCCUGAAAUCAACAGUUUGCUUACAUGGUGGGUGAUCUGUAUAAUACUUGUAAUUCUUCUAUUCGCUGCAGCAAUUAUAUCGGUAAACUUGAUAUGGAGGAGGAAUAAAUUCUUGAAGAGGGCAAAUACGUUCGAUGAUGGUAAUUACACAGCGGAUAUGAGAAAAAUUUCGGAGAUGUCUCUCACACCACCAUAUUUUCAACCAAUUCCACCGAUGUUUGGGAAAACUGAUCUUUUUGUCGAAGUGAAUGGUGCAGACAAUGAAGGAUUCCAGUACGAUGCUAUUGAUGAGAAUGGGACAGCCAUAUGAACUGGAUUAUGAAUGAAAGAAAUUGUUUUGUAAUUGCUUUUAUUAAAAAAUAAGGAAUGCUUAA